AUGCAGCUCGAGCUUUUGACAUGCGCCAGCAACUCGCCGGUCGCCAGACCCUGGUUCGCGGACGCGACCUACCACAAUAGAGGGCCUUCUCCUCUGGGAUCUCAGCGCACGGCAGACGAUCUCCUGCGCGAAGCGAAAUCCGAUGCGGCACAGCGUGCUCGCCUGCCGCGUUCUCGGCUCAGCUUCGCCCCCAACGGCAAAAGGGCGAACCGGCCAGCUGGAAAUUAA